AUGAUUCUCCUGUUCGACUCUGUCACCUCUUAUCCCGGAGUCAACACCGUGGAUUUUUCCGCCAUGACUGUUCUCGGAAUGAUAGGCACGUUCUCGCUGGCAAUAGUGAUUAGCUUGCUCACCCCGGAUCCCGGUGAGAAGGCCAGCAGGAAUGGCCCCACAAAGAUGGACAAGCGCACCACUGGGACGACGGAGUUUUGCGCCGAUUGUGCCUACCCGCUACAGCAGCUAGAGUCGGAGGUAGAUUAG